ACCAAAUGCACUGUCUUUAAAAAAAUUCCAUAUUACAUAUAUCAGAUUGUGCCCAAAUAUAGUCACCAUUCACCCAUUCAAAAGUCAAAAUGAGUCCCUUCCAAUUCUUGCCUUUCUGAAUGAGUCCAACACCAAAAUGCCAGAACCAGUCAAAUUUCCUUUCUGCUGUACCAUCCAGUUCAUUUUCCAUGCAAGUUCCUUUCAAUAUUAUGAAUUUCUUACUUUUCAACAUCCCUUUUUCCAUCGAAUCAGUUUCCACCAACUUACCAUCCUAUUCCAAUAGUCUUUUGCCAAAUCGAUGCGGUGCUCAGUUUUCCUGUUAGGACUUUUCACCAUUCGAUGUAUCCAAAAGUUUGGUUGGAAAAUUUUCACUGGUUGGUUUUCUUCUUUGAACAAAUGAUGAGAACACAGAUAGAUUUCAACUAAUCGUGCAUAAUUCUUAUUAUUAUGCCUUGAGAUUGAUUAAAAGACUUUCUAAAUAUGCCUCAAUUCCGCUUGUUCAUCGUCCUUCCCCUGUUUCUGACAUUCAUUAGUCCCAUCUUCAUAGGUAUUUAAUAGACUGGAAAUGGAAGUGAUUUUGGAAAUAAGUGAUAUUUUUGCUUAUUUUGAUUUAUUUCAUUGUGAAGGGGUAGCAAAUGCCGCGGCGGCGUUUACACUGGAGAACAAAUGCCGGGAAACAGUUUGGCCGGCGAUUAUUAACAACGGCGCAAGCCGGGAGCUUUCAAGUACCGGUUUUGCUCUUCAACCUGGAGACUCAGAGACGAUUCAAGGGGAAUCUUCAUGGGGUGGCAGAAUCUGGGCUCGAACUCACUGCACUAAUGACUCCAACGGGUCGAAUUUCAGGUGCCUUACAGGCGACUGCGGCUCCGGCAGGGUUGAAUGCUCCGGGAACAGCUCAUCGGCUCCGCCAGUCACGCUGGCGGAAUUCAAGGCCGACUCCUCCGGCGCGGAUUUCUACGACGUCAGCUUGGUCGAUGGGUUUAAUGUUCCGAUUCUUGUUGCAUCACUUGGCGGUGGAGGAAACUGUGGAACCACUGGUUGCCCUGCGGAUCUGAACGCCGAUUGCCCUUCGGAGCUAAAAAUGACCGGCGAUGGCGGGGAGGUCUUAGGCUGUCGGAGCCCUUGUGACGCUUUUGGAAAACCUGAAUACUGCUGCACUGGAAAAUUUAGUAGCCCGGAUGCUUGCAAGCCGAAUAAUUACUCGAAGAUCUUCAAGAAUCAGUGCCCUCAAGCUUACAGCUAUGCUUUCGAUGACGCCACAAGUACUUUCUCUUGUAUCGGUUCCGUCUACACCAUCACCUUUUGCCCUCCCCUGCCUCCUAAAGGGAGAACAUGGAUAUGGAUAGUCGUGGCGAUAUUGGCUGCCAUUAUAAUGUUGCUGCUAGGCUCAAUAGGCUAUAUCAGGAUUAGAAGGCGAAAACUAGAAGAAGCGGAGAAGCGAAAGCGUGAUGAAUACAUACAUCGAUUGACAGCAUCCGAGAGCUUUACAAACGUUGAUGAACAGACGGAAAGAAGAGAAGGUGACUUAAAUAUUUUUAGUUUCGGUUCUAUAGUUGUUGCUACUAAUAACUUCUCGGAAGAAAACAAACUUGGGGAGGGCGGUUUCGGACCAGUGUACAUGGGGAGAUUACUUGAUGGUCGGGAAAUUGCUGUUAAAAGGCUUUCGAAGACAUCGGGUCAAGGAUUAGAGGAGUUCAAAAAUGAACUGAUUCUUAUAUCCAAGCUCCAGCACACUAAUCUCGUCCGAGUUUUAGGAUGUUGCAUUCAUGAAGAAGAGAAAAUGCUAAUCUAUGAGUAUAUGCCCAACAAGAGCCUGGACUUCUUUCUUUUUGCCAAAGAUAAAAAAGAGCAAUUGGAUUGGCAGAAACGAUUUGAUAUCAUCGAUGGUAUCGCUCAAGGAUUAUUGUACCUCCAUAAGUAUUCCAGAAUGAGAGUUAUUCAUAGAGAUCUGAAAGCCAGUAAUGUGUUACUGGAUGAAAAUAUGAAACCAAAGAUUGCUGAUUUCGGUAUGGCUAGAAUCUUCAAACCGAACGAGACAGAAGCUAUGACUAACAGGGUUGUUGGAACUUAUGGUUACAUGUCUCCGGAAUAUGCCAUGGAAGGAACUUUUUCAAUCAAGUCCGAUGUUUUCAGUUUAGGGGUGUUGAUGCUUGAAAUUAUCAGCGGCCGGAAAAAUUCCAGCUUCUAUGAUUUUGAGGACCGUACACUCAACCUCAUAGGAUAUGCAUGGGAGCUGUGGAAAGGUGGAAUGGCGUUAGCGUUAAAAGAUCCUGCUCUUGGAGAUUUGAGUGAUGACACAAAACAGAUAUUAAGAUGUAUUCAUGCUGGUCUUUUGUGUGUGCAAGAAAGUGCGAUAGAUAGGCCAACAAUGUCAGAAGUUCUUGCUAUGCUUAACAAUGACAGCAUGAGUUUGGAAGAUCCAAAGCAACCAGCCUUUUUCACUGGAAGAAGGGCACUUCAUAACCAUGACUCGACCUCAUCCGAGAGAGGAAAUCAAGGGGCUCCUUUGCCUGUCUCUGUGAAUGAUUUGUCCAUCUCAGUUGUUGAACCACGAUGAGAAAUGAAACUGUGAAGGCUCAUGGCAAAUGGUCCCAUUUGCUUGUGAGUUGUGAGCAAACACUAAUCACAAAUCGGUUAAUUUGUCUUACCUUAUUAUGAUUAGCGAAGUCUUGAAGCUCGAUCUCUCCCCCGGACGAGCCAUUUGAUUGUUAGCCAUUAGGGGCCACUAGAACAAAGAUCAGACUGGUUUCGUGUAUAAUUUGUGAAACUAAUCCCAUUGUUGAUUUGUAAAUCAUUUUAUGAUUUCUUCAUAUUUCAGCUAGAAGGGUUUUUUUUUCUUCUCUAUUCGGCAGAGAAGAACAUAGGAAUUCUAUUGAGAAUUUAGCUCGAAACAUCUGAUCUGUGCAGAGAUGUCACUGUUUCGUAUUCAUCUGUUCUUUUUCUUCAACGGACCAUUACCAU